CGCUGCUCAGAGAUGCCCUGUCAUUGCUGCGAUGGUUCCACCCAUCGCCAGACUCUUCCUCACCCCACCGCUCUGGCAUGUUGACAGCGACCUGGCGCAAAGCACGCUGGGAAAGCGAGUCCGCCGCCUUCUUUGUCGUCGUCGGAAGAGGGAAGAAAGGCAGCGGCGUUGACCACAAGUCCCAGGAUGCCUGGCGCCUCUACUUCUGCCGGAUAGAAAGAGGCAGCAUCUUUUUAAAAUACUGGGUGUUUUGGAUGAGACAAGUUGCAUUUGCGUUUGGUCAGAAGCGGAAGAUGGCAGACCUCGAAAGCACAGUCAUAAACACCAGUGUGACCCAGAAAGAUCCCAAGGAAGCUCUAGUCAUUGCUGUGACAACAAGGGCUAUUUUCAACCUGGAAAAGGAGCACGAGAUCUUUUUGACAAAGGGAAAGGAGGAGUACGUGAAGCAUCAGCAAACGAACGAGAACAACCCUUUGGAGCCAGGGACAGCCUUUGCUUUUAUCCAGGCAGCACAGUUUGUGAACAAGAAACUUCUUGAAAGAGACCCAGAGGAGAAGGAGCUCUUUGACGUGAUUGUCCUCUCCAAUAACAGUCCAGAGAGUGGUGUGCGGGUCAUCAACAGUGCUAAGCAACAUGGUCUGGAGAUCUCCAAGUUUUGUUUUGUCAGUGAUGAAGAUUCUACCCAGUACUUGAAAACCCACAAUGUGAAGCUUUUCCUCUCAGCUGACAUGACAGAUGUGUGCAAUGCGCUUCAAAGAGGAGUUUCAGCAGCACUCAUCUUCCAGCAGGAGAUCCAGGCUCCCAGCACCCAGCUGCACGUCGUCUUUGACGGUGAUGCUGUACUCUUUUCAGACGAGACGGAGCGGGUCUUUCGUGAGAAGGGGCUGGAGGGGGCUGUAGCGUAUGAGAAAAAGAUGGAAAGUGUGCCCAUGGGAGAGGGCCCACUGAAAGCAUUUGCUUUGCAUCUUGGGAAGAUGCGCCAAAAAUUUGGCAAAGAGGACUCUCCCAUCCGCAUUUACUUGGUAACUGCCCGCAGUGGCCGUGACAUGGGCAUCCGGGCCAUAAAAACGCUUCGGGAAUGGGGCCUGGCAAUUGAUGAGGCCUUCUUCAUGGAUGGAGCACCUAAAGGCCCCAUACUCUCCAAGAUUCAGCCCCACAUCUUCUUUGACGAUGGUCUUCACAAUAUCCAGGGUGCCCAGGAUGUUGGCAUACCCUCUGCCCUGGUUCCUUGUGACUGCUGACAGGGACCACAUCAUGGCCGCAAUAUUGUGGUGAUUGAACAAAUUGAAGGAUGGCUGGGCAAAGCCUUCAGACUGACAGGACAAAGUUGAAAUGGCAUUGACUACAUUUAGGGACCAAGGGAACAAAACUGCUGAAUGAAGAUACAGUGUUGGCUGCUUUGCUGCGAUAUAUUCUGAACAAAUCCAAAUACUGUAUGGACCCAUUUAACUUGAGCAGCGGAAAGCUCAUAAAGGAACAAUGACUGAAGUAUAACAGAUUAACUUGAUAGCUAAAUGGUGACUAGAAAAAAAGCAGAGUGAUUGCUGGGGUUUUUUUUAGCCUUUUUUAUUGCACUAAAAUGAAUUUUCAUUUACCGGUAUUAGCUGUUGCUCUAAUAUUUUAUAUAUAUGUAUGCAAAAAGAGCAGAAAUAAAAAUAGUGGGUUUUUAAAAAUACAAACUAAAAUGGCACUGAUCAGAAAUAUAAUGGUGAAGUUGUCCUAAGGUAUAAAUGCAGGAGAUAAGCUAAUUUCCCCAGAAUUUCACUGAACUCAUCAUUGAUUCAUUUUAUUUGUAUGCCACUUUUCCACAAAAAAAUGCUCAAAGUGGCUUAUAAGAAAGAAACAAGGACACAUUUCAAACAAACACCACAAAAACAAAUUUAUAAUAACACAGCAAAACAAUAAUAACUACCAUCGGAACCACACCUCUGAGAAAGGAGGGGAGGGUGGCUCUAAGGUAGUCCACGCUUGUGGUGAUUGUUGCACUCUUUCCCAAAAUGUUGAAUUUUCUGCUUCCACUCAUGCAAUAGGACCUCCCCCUCGCCUCUCCCCAAGAUCCAGAAGGUUCCUCAAACAUCUGGAGCAGAUUUUCUGGGUGCACAGAGGCGGAGGCGACAAGGCAGUCCCACACUACCGUCCCAAUGAAAAUCCACCCACCCCAAAAAGCACCUGCUAUUUAUCCUGGGAAGAAAGUUUCUGUUAGUGCACAUGGAAAUAGAUUUUUUAAAAUAAAUAAAUUAGUAUUAUUAAGGGCCUAGAAAGCUCAAUAACAUGCAAUGGUAAAAAUCCUCCAAUGCAGCUUUAAUGGGGGGAAAGAAGUUGUUUGCCCCUAGGGACAAAUAAAAUAUUAGCAAGUAUUACAUUAAGUUUAUUAUUACAGCCUGGAAGGAACUACAAACAGAAGCAUCAAAGGUUCAUCAUGAGAGAGUGUGUACAUGAGUGCCUUUUUCAGCCACGUCCAGAAUUCUGCUGAGGUCAGUGGAGUGUUGACUUUAAGUGGGGCAACUGAUGCCCUGUUAGAAUUGUUGUUGUUGUUUAGUCAUUUAGUCAUGUCCGACUCUUCGUGGACCAGAGCAUGCCAGGCACUCCUGUCUUCAACUGCCUCUCGCAGUUUGGUCAAACUCAUGCUGGUAACUUCGAGAACACUGUCCAACCAUCUCGUCCAAUACAGAAUCUAAAACUGGCCAAUCUGUUUAUACCACACGGGGGCAGCACAGAGCUCUCUACCAAAGCUGGCAUGGUUUAGCCCAGAGGUUUUCAACAUUUUUGAGCCCAGGCUCCCUUGACCAAUUACAUUCUUUCUGCGGCACCCCUGUGGGGCUCAGGAGCCCAGUUAUGUCACCCCUCGCCUGCAGAGCUGGCAGCCUCUUAUGCUUUUUCUAAUAUCCUCCUUUGUAGAGUGUUCCCUCAGCCUCCUCUCAUCUCUCCUUGGGAGUCCUCUAGGCAGCUGCUGCCAUCAUCCCUGG